AUGGCGACGGCUUGGGGUGCAUUCUGGGGAACCAGAGUACUGCAGAUAGUGAAGAAACACGAUUCCGGUGGCCUCCUAUGGAAGAGAAUCAAGCUCACGCCCACCCGCAAAGCUAACGCCAAAAAACGCCUCCGUCGUGUUUGGCAGAAUGAGGCUGUUUUGAGGGCAUGCUCCGAGCCGCCACCCCCAAAAAUAUCACAUUCGGAAGGUGGGAAGGUUGAUCCCAAGGAGAGCUAG